AUGUUUCAACUUCGGAAUUUACUCUUGCUGCUUCUCCUCGCUUGGACAGCUGCUUCGCAAGACUCUGGGUCCUUCGACGAGCCUCCUCUAGCAUUGAGUCACGACGCUAAGCAGAAUGGCGGAAAAUUUGGCAGUAUGCCACUCGAUGGCAGGUCACUGAUCAAUUCAUGGUUGAACAAGAGACAGCGCACUUGCGUAGAUGCAGGAUACGGGCCUUGUCCCAACAACAACGGCUGCUGUCCUACCAACGGAAUUUGUUGCACUGGUGCUUGCUGCGACGCUGGCCAAUCCUGCUGUGGAACUUCCUACUGCACUGAUCCCGGCGAAGCCUGCUGUACUUUCGGUACCUGCCCUGUAGGCUUCAAAUGCUGCGCUACAGGAAAAUGCGCCAUCAAAGAUGGGGAGUGCUGCCUUGACGGAAAUUACUGCGAGGCUGGGAAUCACUGCUAUUUGUAUCGAGGGCAGGGCGUUUGCUGUACUGAUCCGCAGUGUACGGCUGUUGUGACGGGAGGCGCUACGUCGACGAUUAGAAGUAAUCCUACGACAACGCGGCAAAUCAUUGUUACGCAGCCGCCGACAACUACGGAGAUUCAGCAGGAUAUAUUGGUUUGGUAUUCAUAUACUAUCACAUGGUACUACUUUUCCUACUACUGGACACUUCGCCCGCUCCGAACUACAACCUACUACACCACAACAUAUACCGAAAUUACCACAACAACCAUCUUUUCGGUCGAAGCAACAGCUUCCUCCAUCGCAUCCAGUAGCUUCUCCGCUUUCUCAGUCAACUUCCCCAGCCCCACCCCAUCCGACGCUUCUGAUCCCGGACCAUCGCCCACCGACCCAAUCCCAUCUGGUCCUUCGAAUUCAGGACCAUCUGCUUCGGGGCCGAGUCCGACCGAGCCGACAGAUUCUGGGCCCGAGGAGAGUAUUGCGUCAGGUACUGGGAGCAGUAACCCAUCGAGUACCGCGAUUAGUGGAGGCUCGUCUGGAGGAAAUUCAGGGACUGGAUCUGGCAGCACAUCGGGAGAUUCGGGCUCGAACACCAACUCCACGGGAGGUGCGAGCAUUGGUACAAGUCUGCGUAGCGAGGCUUGGAUGUUGUGGUAUUCCACCGGAUUUGUUGCGAUUGCGGGAUUGAUGAUUUGGUUGUGA